AUGGUGCUGGAGAAGGUGGACUGGAAGGACGUUGGCCCGACUCUUCUGAGCGCACUGACCGGGGAAGACUCGCGCAGCAUCAUGGAAACGGCGCUGGGGGUUGCCAGAGAGCUGGAAAGUGGAGAAGCCCAGCAAGAACUCUUGAAGCUGGCUGUCGAAAACGUUGUGAAGCUCAAGGAUUCGCAGCUGUGCUCUUCAAACUCUCUUGAAGACCUCUGGAGGCUUGUUCUGCGUCAUGGCGAUGACGACAUGCUGGAGACCGUGGCGAACAAGUUUAAGCAGAUGACUCCACGUUUGCUCCACUACACCGUGUACGUUUUCGCGCAUCAACUGAGCGACAUUGACAUCCCCGCCAGCAGGUCUGCGGUGCUGGCCUCAAUUGCUGCUCUGCGUACCGAGUGGCUGCAAAGUCAGAUCGAAGUGCUCGAGAAGCCAUUCUCUUGGGAAAUGCCUACUGCCGAGUUCCCUGACACAGCGGAGGUGGAGACGUUCCUGCGAGGACCCGAGGCUAGGAUGACAACAGAAGACGUGAUCAGCUUUGCCAAGGAUGAUGCCGAAAGUUACGCUUAG